AUGUCUCAGCGAGCAUUUGCUGUAGCAGCAGCAGCAGCAGCAGCAGCAGGUCGUGCUGCAGGAGGAGGAGGAGGAGGAGGAGGUACCCAAUCAGUAGGAGCAGGAGCAGCAUCAUCAUCAGCAGCAAGAGCAGCAGCAGCAGCAACAUCAACAGCAUCAUCAUCAUCAUCAUUACCAUCAGCAGCACCAUCAGCAGCAGCAGCAGGAGCAGCAGCAGCAGCAGCAGCACCCCCAUCAGCAGCAGCAGCAGCAGGAGGAGGAGGAGGAGGAGGAGCAGCAGGAGCAGCAGGAUAUGAUAUAUAUGGCCUACGGAUCGAUAGACAGCAAUCGGCAUUUGUAGAAGAAGAAGGACAUAGAAAAGACAGCAGCAGCAAAGAAAGUCAUUCUACAGAAGGAAAUGAUCCUGAUGGAACUCUUUAUGCGAUGGAGAGUGGCGUUAAGACCGAAAUGACGAUUUUGUCUUCUCGUAGUCUAAAGACAUCAGCAGCAGCAGCAGCAGCAGCAGCAGCAGCAGGAGACCUAUCAUCAUCAUCAGCAGCAGAAGAUGCAGAAGCAGCAGCAGCAGCAGCAGCAGCAGCAGCAGCAGCAGCAGCAGGAGAAGAAAAAAUAAAAAAAGGGAAAUCUAAUUCAACGGCUGUCUUUAUGAUGUUAGCUCUUGCUAUACAUGGACUCUUUGAAGGAGUAAUAGUAGGAGCAGCAGCAGAUUUAUCUACGCUAUGGAUGGUGACGGCAGUAGUAAUGGGGCAUAAAUGGGCAGAGGCUAUGCUUCUUAUGUGCCAACUUGUUGAAAGAAAUACUCGUCAGAUGACAGCUGGUGGUUUAAUAUUAGGGUUUUCUUUUUCUUCUCCUUUAGGGGUAUUAAUUGGGGGUUUAGUUGCUGCAGAAGGAAAAUUAGCUGCAGGAAUAUGUAAUGCAUUAGGGGCAGGUACUGUCCUAUAUAUUGCAUCCGAGAUAUCUAUAUCUGCAUUUAAGGGUUGCAUGCGCGGCAGAUUUAUUCAAUUUAUUAUUUAUUGUUGCGGCGCAGCAUUAGUAUUAAUCUUAACUUUUUUAGAUGUUGCUUUUGGUUAA